CCCCACCACCAUUAAGGGUGUUUUUUUUUGGCCGUCGCAAGCUUGGGGGUAGCUCCGAGCUACUUUUGACUUCCUGCAUCCUAAUUUCAACAUUACAACCAGACAUCUAUUACACAAAACGAGAGUCAGAAACAUCAUGGCGAAGAGAGUAUGUUACUUUUCUCUGCAGGUCAAAAUUCGGACGUUUCUGACGAUCCCAAGGUAUACUUUUUGGCACACGGCGGCCAAGUGCAAGGCGUUGGAUUCCGCUACUUUACACAGAAGAAAGCAACUGAAUAUGGUCUCACAGGAUGGUGUCGCAAUACAGACAACAAUAAGGUAGAGGGCGAGGCGCAGGGUGAUGAGGACGCGCUGAAGAAGCUACUCAAGGACAUCGACGAGGGUCCGAGGUCGGCCAAAGUCGUCAAACUUGACCAGGAGGAGAGAAGUCUCAUUGAGGAUGAGAAGGACUUCUUAGUCAGGCGAUGAGUAGCGCCUGGUUGCAGGUUGUGCAACCUGAGCAAUGCUGAUGAACUGAUGGGAGACGUGAACGAGAUAUUGGCUUGCUGUUUGUUAAGGAUUGCUAUAGCUAUAAAUUAAUACGACUAUAUAUUAGAGCAAGAAAUAUCACCUAG